CCCGGAACGAGACAUCCCACGUUUCUGACACCAAGUCAUACUAAUACCCACAGUCUGUGAACCAAGCACACCACUGAGUUCCACGCCACCGAGUUCGCAACAGGAAAGAUGGCUGAAGCCAUAGCUGAGGCGACGGCCAAGCUCCAACUCGACGAGGAAACCGGAGAGUUCGUUUCCAAGGGCGAGUUGAAGAAGCGCCUGGCCAAGCGCGCGAAGAAGGCGGCAAAGGAGGUGAGGGCAAAGGAGACAAAGGACACGCCCAAGGCAGCACCCAAGCCUAACCCGAAGACGGAAGAGGUCGUGAUGGACCCCGAGGCCAUGUUCAAGCAGGGCUUUUUGAACGACGUCUACAACGAGCGGCCCGUUAAGCCCGUCGUCACUCGUUUUCCCCCGGAGCCCAAUGGCUAUCUUCAUAUCGGACAUGCAAAGGCGAUUGCAGUCAACUUUGGCUUCGCGAAAUACCAUUCGGGCCGUUGCUACCUUCGGUUUGAUGACACGAACCCUGAGGCUGAGGAGGAGGUGUACUUCCUCUCUAUUGAGGAGAUGGUGCGCUGGCUGGGCUUCACUCCCUAUCAGAUCACGCACUCCAGCGAUAACUUUGGCAAGCUCUACGAGAUGGCAGAGAAGCUGAUCGGUCUGGGAAAGGGCUAUGUUUGCUACUGCAAUGAGGAACAGUUGAAGCUCCAGCGCGGCGGCGAGAAGAGUACGAGUCCUCGCUUCCGGUGCGAGCAUGCCGACCAGAUAAUCGAAGACAAUCUCCAGAAGUUCCGGGACAUGCGCGACGGCAAGUACAAACCCAAAGAAGCUUUCCUUCGGAUGAAGCAGGAUAUAACCGACGGAAAUCCUCAAAUGUGGGACUUGGCUGCCUACAGGAUCAAGGACGAGCCGCACCACCGCACCGGCACGGAGUGGAAGAUAUAUCCAACCUACGACUUUACACACGGUCUGUGUGACAGUUUCGAGAGCGUGACGCACUCGCUCUGCACCACCGAGUUCAUCCAGAGCAGAGUCUCGUACGAGUGGCUGAACAAGACGCUUGGCGUGUACGAGCCCAUGCAGCGCGAAUACGGACGACUUAGUCUGAGUGGGACGGUGCUCUCGAAGCGGAAGCUCAAGACGCUGGUUGAAAACAGGGUCGUCCGAGGCUGGGAUGAUCCGCGGCUCUACACGCUCAUCGCUGUGAGACGGAGGGGCGUGCCGCCGGGAGCGAUCCUCGAGUUUGUGAACGAGCUGGGAGUGACUACAUCAAAGACAAUCAUCCAGAUUACUCGUUUUGAGCAGACCAUCCGGAGGUAUCUCGAACGGACUGUGCCACGGUUGAUGGUGGUGCUGGACCCGUUGCCUGUCGUCAUCGAGGAUGCAGACGAGCUGGAAGGGACGGAGCUCACGGUACCGCUCUCGCCCAAGAACCCUGCCAUGGGCGAUCGCAAGAUCAAGUUCACCAAGACGGUCUAUAUCGACCGGUCUGACUUCCGGGAGGUCGACAGCAAAGACUACUUCCGACUUGCGCCAGGCAAAACCGUCGGGCUACUGCAGGUCCCUUCCCCCAUCAAAGCCACGAGCUUCACAAUUGACGAAGCCACGGGAAGAGUCAAGGAAGUGCGCGCGGUGUUUGACCGUGAGUCGAAGAAGCCCAAGACGUACAUCCAGUGGGUGGGAGGCCAGGGCUCCGGAUCCCGCCGGGUCGAGGUCCGCGUCUACAAUGCGCUGUUCAAGUCGGAAGACCCCGGCACGGCGGAGGGUGGCUUCCUGAACGACGUCAACCCCGACAGCGAGACCAUCUACCCGGACGCACUGAUUGAGUCCGGCUUUGAGGAGGUCAAGAACCGGGCCCCGUGGCCCGAGGCGGCAGGCGAGAAUAAGCUAGGCAAGGGGGGACCCGAGAGCGUGCGUUUCCAGGGAAUGAGGGUGGCGUAUUUUGCAAUGGACCCAGAUAGUACCGAUGAGAAGAUUGUUCUCAACCGGAUCGUGUCGCUGAAGGAGGAUGCUGGGAAGAGCUGAAUGAGCAUGGAUGGCCAGAUGGACAUAGACCUGAAAUCCCAAAGAAGCAAACAAAUCAAGUGGAUUGUCUCCCAUCCUCAGGCUAGAGUUUCCCCGCAAUGGAUGGUGUUCUCAAUGUUUCCAUUUUGGGAGAAACAGGGCCCUAAUUUCCCCCUGUUGUCGAUCCGCUCACCCCAACCCUAAGC